AUGAAGUCCACAACCACAAUCCUCCUGACCCUCCUCUCCGCCACCCUGGCCAUCUCUUCAGCAGUCCCACCGCCCAAGUGCGGAACCUGCAACCCGAUCUCAGGUCAGAACAGCUGCGACAUAACCACCUCGUGCAUCAACACGGGUUCGACCUUCCACUGCGCCUGCCGUGCCGGCUACAAAGCCUCCCAGCAUAACCUCAAUGUCAAGGACCAGUUCCGCCUGCCGAUGAGCAAUUAUGAAUUCCUCGUCUUCGUCCCAGAGAACACCGCAUGCAAUACCCUUUGUGAUGACCCAUAUGCGGCGCCCAAUGAGAUCUGCCAGGAGGUCAAGCUUUAUGAGCAUUGCGCUGUCUAG